GAAGAGAAAGGAAACUGAAACUCUUCAGCUUUAGAACCAGGAAGCUCCCGUCCGUCCGGUGCUCGCUGCUCCUCGUACUGUGUACGCAGCUCUCCAUGCUGGCCACUAAACUGUCUCAUUACAGGCUCAGUGGGGGAGAGGGCCAUUCAUCUGUUGUAUGAGUGCAGACCCUCGUCGUCGCUCCUCGCACCCACUGGCAAUGAAUGUGAGAUCGCACCCAGGGCAUCGCGCUCACCCGCUGUACCCCCAUAACCCUAACCCUGUUUCUUUGGUUAACCCUUUCCUCUCACAGGAGCAGCAAAACCUCCUCAGAGAACAGAGAGCCUUUCUACUGAGCGGUCAGCCGGAAUUCCCCACUUAUCACAACCACACAGCCGCCUGGAGCUCUUACCGCCAACCGGCGCGGCACUACAUCCUUCAGCAGCCUCCUCCGCCCAAAGUACGUCCACCUCCCCACGCUCCCAAGUGGCGCGCUGACAGAAGCACCCACGACCUGACAGAGCAUUUCCAGCGUCUCGACUUGUCUCACCACCCUCUAGAAAACGAUUUAUUGCAGAAAUUCAACGCCCUCCAUGAAGGUGACUUCCUGACCGCCAUUUCCUUAUCCAGGGUGUUAAGAAUCGAGAAAAAAACCAUCAACCGCCAUCUUUACAUCCUUGAAAGGAAGCACCUGUUGUGUAAAGAGGAAGGGAAGCCACCCAAGUGGAGACUCAGCAGGAGAUCCCUACACCUCACUGAAGAUCCCAAGGAAGAGCCAUCGUCUCCUGAGCAGUCAGCUGAAAUCAUGAGUGAGAACAAGGAGAAGCUGUGUGAGUUCCUGUACCAGUCCCCGGGCUCCACUCCCGCCAGCAUCCGCAAGGGACUCGGCGUGUCCAAGAUGAACGAGAUCAACCAGCUCUUGACCACCCUGGAGAAGCAGGGCGAGGUGUGCCGGCAGGGCAACACCACCAAGUGGUCACUGACCGAUCGCAAGCGUGAGAGGUUGUUCCUGAAGAAGAGAGCGGCUGAGAUCCACGAGAACGAGAAGGCCGACCUCACCGUCGCCAAUUCCGAGAACGGACAGCAGGGGGCAACACCGGACGUCAGCAGCUUGACGCCAGAAGUGAAUGAGGUGGCAGAUAUGACCGUCGAGGAGCCGCCUGCUAAGCGAAUUAAAGAGAUGCCAGUGGAUUGUGAAAACGGCCGCUGGGCGUUGGACGAGGACACGGGCAAGGACGACGCAAUGGGAGGGAUACAGUCUGCUUGUGUGCAGAACUACGAGCCCACCGUGGUGCGCUCCCGACUGGACAAGCUGCAGGAGUGCCAGGCCAAGAACCCCGUGAGCGGGCUGCUCGAGUUCGCCAACUUCUUCUCCCUUCACUGCGACUUUGUGCUCCUGGACCAGAGUGGGCCGUCCCACGACCCCAGGUUUAAGAUCCAGGUGGUGAUUGAUGGUCGCCGAUUUCCAGAGGCCGAGGCCAGCAGCAAGAAGACUGCAAAGAAGGAGGCCGCCUCGCUGGCCCUACGGGUCCUCCUGCGUGAAGAACAAGGAGGCACCCAGGAGGAGGUUCUGGCAGAGCAGAUCCCGAUGGAGACCCCCGAAGAUGUGGUAAGGGAAGCCCACUCGACCACUGGACACGGCAGGCAGCUCAUAUAUUGGAGCCCCCUGCUGGUCAGCCUGUUUAAUGAGGAGCUAAAACUUCUUUAUUUCUUGCAGCCGAAAAGUGCUCCUCAGAUUGGGGGGAAAAACCCAGUCAGCAUUCUGAUGGAGCACAGCCAGAAGUCGGGGAACAUGUGCGAGUUCCUGCUCGUGAGUCAGGAAGGACCCCCUCAUGACCCCAAGUUCAAGUACAUGGUGAAAAUGGGCACUCAGACGUUCCCAGAGAUGGUGGCCAACAGUAAAAAGCUGGCAAAGCAAAUGGCCGCCGAGGCUGCCGUCAACCAGCUGCUUGGAGACAACCUUUUACAGCCAGAAAAGCCGGAGCCUGUUCAUGAGGUCGUCGCCACCGAAUUUCCCCCCAUCCCAGAGCUUUCUGUCGAGGACCUGAAGAUGGCGCAGCAGUCAGGCGUCGGAGAGUUCAUCAAGUAUCUGAACGCCAACCCUGUCAGCGGGCUCCUGGAGUACUCCCGCGCCAAGGGCUUCGCAGCAGAGUUUAAGAUGGUCAGUCAGAGUGGACCACCGCAUGAUCCCAAAUUUGUGUUCCAAGCCAAAGUCGGGGGUCGCUGGUUUCCUCCAGUCACCGCAUCAAACAAGAAGCAGGCUAAAGCCGAGGCGGCUGACGCUGCCUUGAGGGUCCUUAUUGGAGAGGCUGAAAAAGCGAUUCGGGAAGGAGACAGCUUGACGGAGCUCCCCGUGACCGGUAGCACGUUCCACGACCAGAUUGCCAUGCUUAGCCACCACAAGUUCAACAGCCUGACAGCCCGCAUCCAAAACAGCCUCCUGGGCAGGAAAAUCCUGGCGGCCAUCAUCAUGAAGCGCCACAGCGAGGACCUGGGCACGGUCGUUAGUAUUGGCACUGGGAACCGGUGUGUGAAGGGCGAGGAGCUGAGUCUGCGCGGGGAGACUGUCAAUGACUGCCACGCUGAGAUCAUCUCACGCAGAGGCUUCAUCAGGUUCCUGUACGAUCAGCUGAUGAAGUAUAACCCCGACACUCCGGAGGACAGUAUAUUUGAGGAGUCUGAGGGGGUGAUGCUGAGGGUUCGCCCUGGGGUCACCUUCCAUCUCUAUAUCAGUACCGCUCCCUGUGGUGAUGGGGCGCUCUUCGACAAGUCAUGCAGUGACCAGCCCUGUGCGGACGGAGACAAGCAGCAUUACCCACUGUUCGAGAACCCCAAACAAGGGAAGCUGCGAACCAAAGUGGAGAAUGGGGAAGGCACUAUUCCUGUAGAGUCCAGCGACAUCGUCCCCACCUGGGAUGGCAUCCAGCACGGCGAGAGGCUCCGCACCAUGUCCUGCAGUGACAAGAUCAUGCGGUGGAACGUGCUGGGGCUUCAGGGAGCUGUCCUGUCGCAUUUCAUCGAGCCGGUGUACCUCAGCUCCGUCACUCUCGGAUACCUGUUCAGCCAGGGUCACCUGUCACGAGCGAUCUGCUGCCGGAUGGCCAGGGACGGGGAAGCCUUCCAGCGCCAGUUACCAGAUCUCUUCGUGGUCAAUCACCCCGAGGUUGGACGGGUCAGUGUCUAUGAUUCUCAUCGGCAAACUGGGAAAACCAAGGAGUCUAGUGUGAACUGGUGCUUAGCAGACGAGGAGGUUGAGGUUCUGGAUGGAACAAAGGGCAAAGUGGAAGGGUCCCGGCAGGAAGUUUCUCGCGUUUCGAAGCUCCACAUGUUUGUCUUCUUCCAAAAUCUGUGUGUCCUGCGCGGCCGCCAAGAGCUCCUCUGUCACACCUCCUACAGCGACAUCAAAGCGGCGUCCAUCCCCUACCAGCAGGCUAAAGGACUCUUCUUUAAAGCCCUGCAGGAGAUGGGGUACGGGAGCUGGAUCAGCAAACCCCAGGAGGAGAAGAACUUCACUCUGCCCACAAAUUAACGACGUGCGGUUUUCCAGGCGCUCUCUUGUUUUUUUUGUAUUGGAAUGUCACUAGGUCUGCACUGAUAGGGGCUGGGGGAGACGACCCAAGCGCCAGUCUGCCAGGCUCCUCCAGAAACCUAGCCGAACCCCUUUCUGCCCGCCAUGAAAUUCUCCAUUUUAACUGCUCGGUCAAUCUGUCUGUAACAUAAAUUUGUCACUUUCUGUACGGCACGUGGCAGGCGCCGACGGAUCCAGUUUACUCUUGAAGGCUGGGUCCGCCAGCGCCCGCCUCUUUGGCCUUACAGAGUUCAUGUCAUGGUCCACCUGUUGCUAGGCAACGGGCUAACGUAAUGACCAUAAUUCUUACCCUUUUAAGAACCAAAGUAGCCGCCAUUAAAUUUGACUAUUCCGAAGGAAGGUACGGACCGCUGCUGGCCCACAUGAGCAGUGCACGCUUUUGUGUCCCACCCGUUGGUGGUAGCACCUCUUUGUUAGCCAUCUUGGUUCUGCUGGGUUUCUGCAAGGCUCUUGGCAGCACUGGUGCCGACCCAGUUUUCUUUUAGUGUUUGCUCUCAGCAUCCUUUUUUUUAUAUAGUUAGUAUUUUUUUGCAUUCGGAGGCUGUGCGGUUUCGUAGUCCUUGGUUUCCCCAUGCACGUCUGACUGCUGCCGCUUCCCGUUAGAUCCGUAGUCAGACAUUGGCCGCUGUAACAUUCGCCAGUUUGGUUCUUUUUAUUUUUUUAGGAACAUUCCACAUCUAAAGUUUUCCCAAACUGGAUUGUGUCCUCCCAGGUGUCAGGAUCUUUUUCUAUCUCCGAUGUACAUAGCUCCGCCCUCCACCGCUUUGCGUGUUCUUCCCGUGUCGUAGGCAUUGGAGUUGCAUGAUCUUUUUUUAUUUUAAUUGUUUCUGUAGGUCAGUUUUAAUGAUGAGACCAGCCGGACGGUGAGACACCGCCAACCUUUGUAAGACGUGGCUGGUCUUAAACAAUGGAGAUAUAUAUUGACAUAAAUUAAAGUGACACAAUAAAGAUUGUUAAAUCCGGCGA